AUGGAAACAAUAAUGGAAGAACCCGAAGAUACUUUUGUUGAAGAGGCAAUUGAGGUACAAAAUUCUGAAAAUUUUGCUAUGGACGACGAGAAAUCUGAGACGUUUAUAAAGACUGAAAUAUUCGAUGAUGAUGUUGUUGAAAUCAAACCUGUUGGUCAUCCACAAUUGAUAGCAACAAGUAGCUACGUUGUUGAAACCAAGACCAAAAUUGAUCUCAAGAAGUUAAAAAAUGUAAAAACUCGUCAAGCGGCAGCUGUAAAGUCAGUCGUUGAGCGUCCAAAAACUGCUCGAGAAAAGACCAAAAUUAAUGUGAAUAGCACUGAUUGGAAGCCUCAUACACCUGGACAUCUUCCAUCCUAUUUAAGGAAGCAAAAAGAAAAUUCAUUAAAAAGGUCAACAACUUUUCAAUUGGAUAUGCCAUGUGCAAAUAAUUCAUCGACAAAUGUUGGCGAUUCUAAACCUCAACCGAAGGCAGCAGAGCAAGGUGAUAUGAUUGGGUCAUCCACAUCUGUUCCAUCUAUCGACGGCGAUCAAAGUAUUGAAAUUGAGAAAAUCAAAGCUCAAAAUUCAGCAAAACAAAUGAGCAUGAGGACUGAAAUAAUUGACUUGAAAAUAAGAAAUGACUCAUUAGAGAAGCAACUUAAUGAAGCUGUAGCUGCACGUGACAAAAGUAUCAAUGAACUGAAAUCGAGCCUAGACAAGGUUCGAUCCUUUGAAACGAAGCUAGGCGACAAACUCAUUGAAAUUCAGAGUAAAAAUGAGCGACUUGAGAAAUUAGAAAUUGAAGUUGCAAAUUUGAUUAAGCACAAGCAAGACAUGAUAGUUCAAAUACAGUCUCGAAUUGAGGAAAAUCAGAAAUUAGAGAAGCGGAUGGAAAAAUUAAAAAAUGAAUUACGUGAAAAAAGUACGAGUUAUGAGACAUUGAUGACUGAGAAGAGUCAGUUGGAAGUUAAAUUGGAGGAGAAGCAAGUUGGAGAUGGACUUGAAGAACUCAAUGUCCAAUCAGCUGAGAAAAUUGAAACAUUAGCACAUGAAAAUGAAGCUCUCAAAAAUGAAUUGAAUGGAAAAAUUAAUGAAGUUGAUUCAUUAAAGCAGGAUAAGUUUAAUCUGAUUGGCGAAAUUAAUCAUUUAAAAAUCCAGAUGAACAAAUUACCUGUCGAUUCCAGCACGCAAGCUUUAAGCUUUGAAAUUGCUGAUCUUGAAGAGAAAAUGAAUGUGAUGAGUAGAAAUGAAAAGGAAUUGAAUCAGAAGAUUCUAAUGUUGAAUUCGAAACUUGAUGAUGAGAGGAAUACAAACAUUCGCAAUAACACAUUGCUUGAGUACCGUGCUGAGUACAUUAAGACACUCCAAGCUGUUGAUAAUGUAAAUAAAGCUCGUCUCAUUCUGCAUGUAAAGGAACUUGAGGAUACUCGCGAGCAGAUUAAAGGUUUUGAGAAAUUCAAGGCUGCACACAAGGAGGAGAAAGGAAAUUUCAAGAAGCUUUUGAAGUCUUUGGAAACUGAAAAUACAAAAUUGAAGACAAAGGUUGAAAUGUAUGAGAAAAAUAGAUUCAAUUAUAAAUGAAUCUAUCAUUAUUGACGAGAUGCCAUUGCUGAAAAUCUGUUGUUGACCAGCUUAUAUGUGCGAUUCGAUUCAUGUGUUCUGUAUAUAAUAAAAA